GUACAAGCAACCUCGUAGGGCAGAACAUCAAAGGUGGUAUUCGGUACUUAGGUAUGUGGAAGGCGAAGCUUUUUGCUCCUUGUCAUCAUCCAAUAUUUUGGAUCUUUUCGGAAGAAAUGAUUAAGGAAUGGAGAUGAAGAUGAACUCUUAAAAUCAUUUUGCUGAACUACAAAAUGAUCGAUUGAACCCACCUACUUAUCUCCAUCCUCCCAAAUAUCAGAAACAUUACCAGCUCAACCGAACCAAACAUUCUCGAGGAAAAAUGCGCGUCACCCUUUACCAAAUCAUAAUCUUAAGCUUUGGAUUUAUGGCCAUUGCUGCCCCUCUCAGCCAUCCUGACUUCUCUACGAUUAGAUCAACAGAUGGAGAUGAAUUUGUGAGAUGGCCUGACAACGCCAUUGAUGAGAACGGGCUUUCUGUUGCCGCUUACCAAGGUGACUGAAGAAGACAGGAGUUGUCUGACAAACCGGAGGCUGUUUGUGGGGUUAAGUGGUCAGAAUUUGGAUUGGGAAGUGGCUUGUAGAGGCUUUAUUGUUGUAAUUGCUUUUUUGAAUGGCAUCAUUCUGGAUAAGAGAGCGGGAUCGAGUGUUGAGCUCGCUCGGUAUUUGGCGGCCAAGAAAUGUUGGUCAUGUAGCUUGAGAGAAUGCAACCCAAUCAUUUGUCGGAAAGA